AGUAAAUUUGGGUCAAACGUUGACUUUCAGUUAAGUGUUGUGCAUGGUGCGCUAGUGCUAACAUACUCAAUGCACUUCAGGAUGCAUUUAUGGAUUAUACCAAUCGGAAACAUUUUCCUUGUCUGUUUUUUGUUCCAUUUCUCUCAUGAAUACAGUCCACGAGAGUAUUACGUGCCGUGGCUAGACGAAGAGACCGACAGCCCACGGUGGGUAAAACUGCCACAGAGGCGCAAUGUCGAGAGCCAGCAAAGUGCCGAAAAUACGCGACACUUUGGUCCCGACACCAUAAACAGGAUAACCGAGACGUUGGGUGCGAUAAACACAGUAGGGCGAUAUUUAGUGAAUAUGACCAGGGGUGCCACUGACACUGCUACCUUAUCAGACGAAGUACCAAGUGCCAUUUAUACGAUUAGCAAGAACGUGUUAGGUAGAAACGUGACUGAUUCCAUUGCUCCCCUAGUCAGAGAGGCACUACCUGUCGUCAUUGACAACAAAAACGACGAAGAAGAGGAAGACGAAGACCCCAAAAGCUGCACGACUCCGGAAGGACUAAAGGGAUAUUGCGACGAUCUGAGUGACUGUCCCCAAUUAUUGCUAAAUUUAGGAAACCUCCGACAAUCCUUGUGUUUCAAAAGCCUCUUCGUGCCUGGCGUUUGUUGUCCCAGGACCGGUAAUGUUGAAUCGGUUACGUUAAAACCGGUCCAGGUCACAACAAUACGAACACAGAAACUCAAACCUGUGCCGGUUGUCACACCGCCUCCAACAACCAAACCGCCACCAGUCGAAAUCCCGAACUUGGGUCUAAACCCUCUGGGCAAUAUCGUGGACCCGUCAGAUUGUGGUCAGCCCGAGUCGGCUAAAUACCGGGUGGUCGGAGGCGAGGAGGCCUUGCCGGGGCGGUGGCCCUGGAUGGCGGCAAUUUUCCUGCACGGGUCUCGGCGUACGGAAUUUUGGUGCGGCGGCUCUCUAAUUACGGCAAAACAUGUUCUAACGGCCGCUCAUUGCACGAGAGAUUCGCGCCAGCGACCAUUUGCAGCAAAACAAUUCACCGUAAGAUUGGGCGAUAUUGAUUUGAAAAGAAACGAUGAGCCCUCGAGUCCUAUUACGUUUAAAGUAUCAGAAAUAAGAGCGCAUCCUCAAUUUAGUCGUGUUGGCUUUUAUAAUGAUAUUGCAGUAUUGGUUUUGGAUAAACCGGCAAGGAAAUCGAAAUAUGUUAUUCCACUUUGCUUGCCGCCUCCCGAAUUACGGAAUGAGAAAUUCGCAGGGAGGAAAACCACGGUCGUGGGCUGGGGCACCACUUUCUACGGGGGGAAAGAAAGCACGGUGCAGAGGCAAGCCGUCUUGCCGAUUUGGAGGAACGAGGAUUGCAAUCAGGCCUAUUUUCAGCCAAUCACCGAUAAUUUUAUCUGUGCAGGCUACUCGGAAGGCGGGACGGACGCUUGCCAGGGAGAUUCAGGUGGGCCCUUGAUGAUCCACUGGGACACGCGCUGGAUUCAAGUCGGUGUGGUGUCCUUCGGAAACAAGUGCGGGGAACCCGGCUAUCCUGGAGUCUACACCAGGAUCACCAAUUACCUCGAAUGGAUUAAGGAAAAUACCAAGACAUAGACGCUAUGAAACUUACUCGCUCAAUUAGCGCGUGAUGUCAACAGUGACCAAGUUUAAUAAUUACUUAAUAACUGCUAAGACUAUUUAUUUUAAUCAAACUUUGUGAUAAUACAUUUUUAUACACAACAA